CCUCUGCUUACUGCUUUCGGUCAACUUCCCUUCUGCCCCCCAAAAUCAGGUUCCUCCUCUUCCUCUUCCUCCCCGUCCUUUCCUCCCCCUCCAUUACACCUUGUUCUUCGAAACACUCUUUGUAACACGCCUCAAGUCGAGAGCUUCCAGAGCUCCAGACUCUUGCUCACCGAAUAUCGCAGCCUUUUGUCGAACCAACAAAUGCUCAAGCUCCAACAUCUUCAGUCGCCUUCAAUUGACCUCGCUUCGCGAUACGCUACGACAGUAACAGCACUUAUCGCUCCUCACCCCGCUCAGUAUCGAUACCAGCCCUCAAGCGCAUGGUGGGGUCAAGAUGCCGCCCAGAUCUUCUCUCACGUCUUCCUUUUCAAUCACCGACUCCAACAAUGAGGUCGUCUGCCCUCUGCGGAAUCAGGAUGGAUCUAGCUGUAGGAAGAGAUGCAUCGGUGAAAAACGAUAUCGUUCUAUGCAAGAGCACAUUCGCCGCGCUCAUCCAGAGCACUACAUUUCGAAGCUCCCAGCGACCGAGGAAAGCUUCAUGCUCAUGAUCAACACGCCUCCGUCCGAACGUCCAAUGCAGCAAAGCGCAACUUCUGUUCCCCAGGGUUCGUCCCUCUCAGUCCAGGGCUAUCCCCCAAAGAUUGACCAUCUUCAAGGCUUCAAUCACGACCAUCACAUGUAUGAUAACAGCAACCCGGGCACGCCUCGAACCAUGGACGACCACGCUGUUGGUUCCAUGCUCCCCGCAGCCAGUGCUGCUGCGGCGCUGGCCCAGCUCCACGGUCACAAAGUCGAACCCGAAUGGGAGGAAAUGGGUUGGCACUCAGACACGGAGGGACGCCGCAUUCCAAGGACAUCAAUUGAGCUGCCUCCGCUGCACUUGACGAAUAACGACAUUACUAGCGAGCCAUUCCCAGCUAUGAACUCGAGUCGGCCACGGGAUAUUCUGCCGUCAAUUCUGGCGAAUUCGCCCCCCGGUCGCUCUUCGACAUUACCCCCAAUCCAGCGGCCUGCUGUGGGACCUGCCAGACCAAGGAAGCAGUCCGUCACCAAGAGAGGCCGAGAGGCGCACCACAAGAAGCAGAAGUCUCGCGGCUCGGCAGCAGACUGGCUUCGGCGAAUCCAAAACGACGAACGGCUUAGACCAGGUAAUAAUGACCGUAAGGCGUUAUCGGCUGAACCUUCUGCAGACUAUGGGAAGAGAUGGGAAGAUCUCAUCGAUGCCGCCGAUCAAGCUGCAUCCGCUGCCGGCGACAUCGAUGAGGACAGGACUCCAAUGCCUCAAUCACCAGUUUCUAUUCACAGGGCUUCUUUGCCGCCAUUCCAGCACCAUGGAUUUCCAUCAGCGACAGCUGGAGGGAACUAUCAAGCCUCGCCAUUACAGCAGGCCUUGACCCCGCCAUCCUACAGCCAGGACACAAUUGAUCCAUUCCCAUCGGUUGAAAGCGGUGAAAGCGGGGAGAACUUCCACAUCGAGUCGCGAGGCCUAUCGGAUUCAUCACCAAGUUAUUCUUCUCAGAAUACCCAGAUCUACUGCGCAGCCUGUCAGAGCGUUUCACUCCUCAAGGACUCAUACGCCUGCACGGAAUGCAUCUGCGGUCUGUGCCAGGCGUGUGUCGACGUUCUCAUGGCAGAGCAGGGGGCUCGCCGCAAAUGCCCCCGUUGCGCAACAAUCGGCGGCCGGUUCAAGCCGUUCCAGCUUGACAUCCGGUGAUUAUUAUGUCUUGUCAACGACCAUCAUGCAUACGUUACGCACAAAUAUUCGAACUCUGAAGCCCACAAAUUGCAUUUGAAAUCACACACGGCGUCUUGGAUGGGGCCAAUGCGCAUAUACAGCAUCAAAGCUUGGCAUAAGGAUUCACCGCAUCGAUAAUACCCCCGGCGUUGCAACUUCGCGAGAGCUUAGACAGAGAGCUUUUCACGAGCCGGUUUCUCCACAUUCUUUACAUUAUUAUAGGGACUAGUGACUCGUGACAGUCUUGGAUAGGUGUGGUUCUCUCUUUUUUCUUGAUGCUACGGGCAGAGUAUGGGAUAUCAAAACGAUUACAGGAUUAAGGGUCGGCUUGCACGUCGUUAUGAUCUUGCUCUUUUUUUUUUCUUUUUUUUGGCUUAUUGAUAUUUCGUUCUGGGUGGGUACAGGCAAACUGUUCUUGAGGAGUACUCAACUGGUUUAUAGAUGCCAGUCAUGAAAUUUAAAUCAAUCUUUAGCUAUA